AUGGUGAAAAGCCGGAGGAUUCGCUCUCGGCUCAACACAAAUGCCUCUAACACCUCCACGAAGGUUGAGAGUAUAAAGGAAGUCUUAACAUCGAAUGGGAUAGGUCAUUGUGAAGACCAAGAUCAUGGAUCUGUGGCCUCAUACAAUUCGGAAACGGUAAGUAGUCUUACGCUUUCUAUUUUCUCUGUAGGGUGAUAUCGAAUGCCAUCCUGGGAGUACAGAGCAGCUGGUAUAUCCACAGUUAAUUCGGCAGCUGAUUAUUGGAAGAUUGCUGCUCUUUGCUAUUCAGUGCAUUGCUGGCGUGUUUCCAGAUGCUCCGACUGAUGCUUUCAAGGGAGUUGAGGCUGAAGGUACGAGUGUUUUAUUAUUUUAAUUAUCUUGUUCUUUAGAUUUUGCCAAGAGCCGGGUGCUUCGACCUCUUUUAGGAGGGUUAACAAGAUGGGAUGCAAGACAUUUCCUUCAUAUCGCCGAACAUGGAUACACAUGGGAGAGCACACUGGCGUUCUUCCCUUUGUUUCCGAUGUGCUUGAGGGUUAUUGGAGGGGUUUUGAAGGUUCUUCUACCUUCUUUUAGUUUGUAUAGUUGCAUGAUUAUUGGGGGAGUCCUGGUGAACAAUGUGAGUUAUCGCUUCCAAACUUAGUAUUGCGGUUUUAGGCAAUUUUUAUAAUCAACGGGCUGCUGCUAUAUUCAUUGUGCCUAAAACUCACCAAAUCUGAGAAGGAAUCCAUUUUGGCCAUCUUCGUCUACAGUGUGAACCCAGCAUCAAUAUUUUUCUCCGCUGUCUACACUGAGACCUUGUACAUGAUGUUCACUUUGCUCGGAUUGACUUGUAUCUAUGAUGAGAAGAAAUCUCCAGAUGGGUUCUUAUUCAAAUUCCUCGCUUCUUCUUGUUGCUUUUCUUUGGCCUUUUUUACACGCUCCAACGGAUGGCUCAACUUUGGUUAUAUCGGUUAUGCGGCAAUGAUUGAUGUUCUAACUCACAAUGGAAGCAGAUGGGAGAGAAAGAGUAACAUCUUGGUAAAGGUGAAUGCUUAAAACUUUUUUUUUCAUUAACUUUUAGGCGAUGAAAUACGGUCCUUUGUUGUUGAUAUGUCUAUUGUUGAUCGUCCUGCCACUUCGAUCCUUCUCAACAACACAAGAAGAACGAUAUUGCCGAUCCACGACAAUAUUCUCUUUCGAUCAGUCAGAUCCUCCAUUCCAUGAUGAGUACACUAAUCGAAUCUUGCCUGGAGACGUGCCGAAUUUAAAGUGGUGCACCAAAAGAAGUGAAUUCUCUCUACUACCUGUGUAUUAUCCAUCAAUUCAAAAACAUUAUUGGGAUGUUGGACUUUUCCAGUACUGGCAACUCAAGAAGAUUCCGUUAUUCAUUUUAGCAGCUCCGACCUUGAUUGUUCUCCUUUAUGGAGUUAUGGAUAUUGUACUGGAUAUCACUCUUGAUUCAAGAAGUGGGGCCGUGAUCAUCAGUGAGACGACCUAUUUGAUACCAUUUGCAAUUCAUUCCACUCUGCUUGGUAUUGGUGCUCUGUUCUUCUAUAACGUUGAGGUAGGAUAUUCGUUUCGUGUUUUUAGCGUAUGUAUGGCCUAGUCUACUAUUAAACGUUGCAGGUUGUCACCAGAAUCCUGUUCUCAUCAUCUCCCUUUAUGUAUAUAACGAUUGCCCGGAUCAUGUCCGAGCAUUGUCCACGCAUCAAAUGCCCUGAGGAUCUUCUGGAACCCCCGGUACUACCGUUCUUCGCUAACUAUUUCUUUGUUCGAACGGCAAGCAAAUUGUUGACAAUCUACUUGCUCGGCUACUGCUUCAUCGGCACCAUCGCCUUUGUUAAAUGGCUCCCAUUUGUCUAG